UAUGAACGCAUUUCCUUUCACGUCCUCAAGUUAGGUUUCGCUUACUUAUUACCCCAUCAUCAACAUUAACACCGAAACCCUCCCUCCCUUAAAAUUCCAGGCCAUCCUAUCUAGUCUGGAUUUUGUUCUCCAAUCCUUCUUUUCUCGACAAGUGCCCAUUUCACUUUGCUUUCUCAGAUUUUCAUUUACUUCUUCUCCUCGGUCUUUGCUAGCUUCUCUCUGUAUAUUUACUAUUUAGGAUCCCCUCCAGCUUAACUUUACUUUCCCCAUUCGAAAACAGCUAGAACAAGAAGAAGAAGAAGAAAUGGCUUCAGAGUCAUCGACGACGGUGGCUAAAGGCGACAUGAACUUUUCCUCUUCUCUUGCUUCGGCUAGUCAACGGCGGAAAACGAGUUUCCUGAUGGCCCAAGUUGGCAUCAGAAUCUCAGUUAUUGCCUUCACAUUGGUCGCAAUCUCUGUAAUGGUCACCAAUCGCCAGUCCGUCAAGGUCUUUGGAUUUACGUUCCAAGCUCACUACACCUACUCGUCUGCCUUCAAGUUCUUGGUUGCUGCGAAUGCCGUGUUGUGUUCCUUCUCAGCUCUGUCGUUGGUCUUUCUCUACUCUUUAUGCCGUUCUGGGACAACUCCACCUCUCAAGAAGUACUUCUUCCUCUUCAUGCUUGAUAUGGUGAUGAUGGUGUUGAUAAUAGCUGGAUGUGCAGCGGCGACUGCAAUAGGGUACGUGGGGAAGUAUGGGGAAGAACACAUGACCUGGCAAGCGACUUGUGGUUAUGUGUCUAAGUUCUGCAACAGAAUGUCCAUUUCUCUUGCAUUUUCAUACUUGGCCUUCACCGCUUUCUUGCUUCUCAAUUUCAUGUCUGCUCAUGCUCUCAUCUAUCGCCCUAUUUUCAACACCUAAUAUAAUCAUCAUCUUCGUCAACUCUAUACUUUGUACUAGCUCGAUCAUCAUUUAGAUUCUAGCUAGAUAUUUUCAUCUAUCUCAAUUCUUAUGUAGAAAUUAAGAAACAUAUUAUAUUGUUGCUAUAAUCAGUUGUAUUUUGCUUAUGAUUAUAUAAUUUAUUGUGUCA